ACCAACGCACCAGUAUGUAUCAACUCUUGUAUCGUCGUGUUCACUUCAAGAGUAGGUAAUCAUUUAUCUACAAAACAAAUGUUAAAAUAUUAUAAUUUUUAGUGAGUACCUAUAAAUAUUUUUGAAGAUAUUCGUAAUAUUUUUAAGGCAAAAUACAAUAACAGCAGCCGGACACGAUGCAGAAUUCGAUUGCGGUGACUGUUGCGGCGUUUGCCGUCUUGCUCCAUGGGGUCACCGGCCUCGACAACGGGUUGGCUUUGACACCUCCGAUGGGAUGGCUUGCGUGGCAGAGAUACAGGUGUAUCACAGAUUGUAAAACGUAUCCCGACGAAUGUGUCAGUGAAAAGCUGUUCAUGAACGCGGCUGAUUUAUUGGUCAGUGAAGGCUACGCAGACUUGGGAUACAAAUACGUUAUCGUAGACGACUGUUGGUUGUCCAAGAACAGAUCGGCCGACGGCAAGUUGGAAGCCGACAAAACGAGAUUCCCAAGCGGUAUCAAAGCUCUAUCUGACUACGUUCAUUCAAAAGGGUUGAAAUUUGGUUUAUAUCAAGAUUGGGGCGAGAAAACUUGUGCCGGUUACCCGGGCGUGCUGGGCAACGAAGAAUCGGACAUCAAACAGUUCGUUGAAUGGGAAGUCGAUUACAUAAAAUUAGAUGGAUGUUAUUCGAACGUUCGGGAUAUGGAUAGAGGUUACGUCGAAUUCGGAAAACUCCUGAACAAUACAGGAAGACCAAUGGUGUACUCGUGCAGCUGGCCGGCGUAUCAAGAAGAGAAGGGAAUGCGGAUUAAUUACGCGUUGAUGGCUAAACACUGUAACCUGUGGCGUAACUACGGAGACAUUGACGACUCGUGGACUAGCGUGAUGAACAUUGCUGAUUACUUUGCAUCAAAACAAGAGUUCUGGGCGAAGCAUGCAGGACCCGGACACUGGAACGAUCCAGACAUGCUCCUUAUCGGCAACUUUGGUUUGACAAUCGAUCAGAGCAAGGUGCAAAUGGCCAUUUGGGCUGUGUUGGCCGCUCCUCUGCUCAUGUCCAACAGAUUGUCCGCCGUACGCCCGGAGUUCAAAGAAAUCUUGCAAAACGCCGAAAUCAUUAAGGUCAAUCAAGACGUCUUGGGAAUACAGGGCACUCGAGUGUUUAGGGAUAAGGGUAUUGACAUUUGGACCAGACCAGUCGAACCGGUUCAUCAUGGAAAUUAUUCAUACGCUGUGGCGUUUGUGAGUCGUCGUGAGGAUGGCGCUCCUUACCCGUACAAAAUAACUUUGGAAGACUUAGGACUAAACCAUCGUAUCGGUUACACGAUCAAAAAUUUGUUUGAUAAAUCUUCCGGUAUCAAACACUACGCUUUGCCAAAGACUGUGGUCAACGUACGAGUUAUUCCGUUAGGUGUUGUGUUCCUGCGAUUCGACGUCAUCACGAUCAAAUUGGAAGACGAUAUUUACAACAGUCCACUACUCAACAAAACCGUAACAUUUACAUAAAUCUAGUUUUCCAUAUCAACGUAGGUACCUACCUAUACAAUUUUAUUAUAACGGUAAUAUUAUGUGCUUAGUAUAAAACUAUAAAUGAUACGUUUAUAUAAACUUAAAUAGAAUAAAUAUUAACAAACCUUUAAUGAA